AUCGACGUCCAGAAGUAUGUGCGCGACAACAUCACGCCCUACGAUGGGGACGCCUCCUUCCUCAGCGGGCCCACCCAGCGCACCCUGGAGCUCUGGGACAAAGUGCAGGACCUGUGCAAGGAGGAGCUGCAGAAGGGCAUCAUGGGUGUGGACCCAUCUGUGCCCUCCACCAUCACCGCCUUCCCGCCCGGCUACAUCGACAAGGAGAAGGAGGUCAUCGUGGGCAUGCAGACCGACGCGCCGCUGAAGCGCGCCAUCAAGCCGCUGGGCGGGGUGGGCAUCGUGAAGGCCGCACUGGAGGCCUACAACUACAAGAUGGACCCCGAGGUGGAGAAGAUCUACACCACAGUGCGCAAGACGCACAACCAGGGCGUGUUUGACGCCUACACCGCCGACAUCCGCACCGCGCGCUCCAACCACAUCCUCACCGGCCUGCCCGACGGCUACGGGCGGGGGCGCAUCAUCGGCGACUACCGCCGCGUGCCGCUGUACGGCGUGGACGGCCUGAUUGCUGCCAAGGCGCAGGACUUGCAGAAGCUGCUGGUGGGGACGAUGACCGAGGAGCGCAUCCGGCUGCGGGAGGAGGUGCAGGAGCAGAUGCGGGCGCUGAAGGAGCUCAAGGAGAUGGCGACGUCGUACGGCGUGGACAUCUCCAAGCCCGCCACCAGCGCCCGCGAGGCGGUACAGUCGCUGUACUUUGCCUACCUUGGAGCGGUCAAGGAGCAGGACGGCGCGGCGAUGAGCCUGGGCAGGGUGGACGCCUUCCUGGACGGAUACAUCGAGGCAGACCUGCAGGCGGGGCGGCUCAGCGAGGAGGAGGCGCAGGAGCUGAUAGACCAGUUUGUGAUGAAGCUGCGCAUCGUGCGGCAGCUGCGUACCCCAGAGUACGACCAGCUGUUUGCGGGCGACCCCACUUGGGUGACCGCGGUGCUGGGCGGCGCCGACGAGAAGGGGCAGCACCUGGUGACCAAGACCUCCUUCCGCAUCCUCAACACCCUGUACAACCUGGGCCCCGCCCCCGAGCCCAACAUCACCAUCCUCUGGUCCCAGAAGCUGCCCGAGGAGUUCAAGAAGUUCUGCGCCAAGGUCUCCAUAGACACCUCCUCCAUCCAGUACGAGUCAGACGACAUGAUGCACUCCAUGUUUGGAUCCGACUACGGCAUCGCCUGCUGCGUGUCGGCCAUGCGCCUGGGCAAGGACAUGCAGUUCUUCGGCGCGCGCGCCAACCUGGCCAAGCUGCUGCUGUACAGCAUGAACAGCGGCGUGGACGAGAUCACCGGCAAGCAGGUGCGCGCCGCUCUCGCGCCCCUGAACCCCGACGGCAGCCUGAACUACGAGAGCGUGAUGGCCAACUACGAUGCCGCCAUGGACUGGCUGGCGGAGCUGUACGCCAACACCAUGAACAUCAUCCACUACAAGCACGACAAGUACGACUACGAGCGGCUGCAGAUGGCGCUGCACGACACAUACGUGCGCCGCCUCAUGGCCUACGGCAUGGCGGGCCUCAGCGUGGUGGCCGACUCCCUGUCUGCCAUCAAGUACGGCAAGGUGUUCCCGGUGUACAACGAGGGGGGCGUCAUGGUGGACUUUAGGUCUGAGGGCGAGUGGCCCACCUACGGCAACGACGACGACCGCGUGGACGGCAUCGCUCGCGACCUGGUGGCCGCAUUCCACGACAAGCUGGCGGCGCAGCACACGUACCGCGCCUCGGUGCCCACGCUGAGCGUGCUGACCAUCACCAGCAACGUGGUGUACGGCAAGGCCACGGGCAACACGCCCGACGGGCGCAAGCGCGGCGAGCCCUUUGCCCCCGGCGCCAACCCCAUGCACGGCCGCGACUGUUCGGGGGCGCUGGCCUCCCUCAACUCGGUGGCCUCCAUCCCAUACAAGGAGGCCCUGGAUGGCGUCAGCAACACCUUCACGCUCAUCCCCGCCACCCUGGGCAAGACCCCUGAGGCUCGCAUCGACAACUUGGUGUCUAUCCUGGACGGCUAUGCCGGCAAGGGCGGGCACCACAUCAACAUCAACGUGCUGCAGAAGGAGACGCUGAUCGAUGCCAUGGAGCACCCGGAGAAGUACCCCCAGCUCACCAUCCGCGUGUCUGGCUAUGCCGUCCACUUCCACCGCCUCACGCGCGAGCAGCAGCUGGAUGUCAUCAACCGCACCUUCCAGAGCUCGCUGUGAGCGCCCUCCGGAGGCCGCUGUGAGCGACAGGCGGCCAUGCCUGCCUGGCGCACGCUUUGGGCGGCGCCCUCGUGUGCAAGGCGGCGCUGCGAGGCGGCGCCAGGUGGCGUCGGCGGCUUGCGGCCCCGCGCACCACCCAGCAACACAAACGUGCCCCCUUUCCCAACCCCUGUCAAUGAACUGAAUGAGAGCAAUCACUUUUGCGGCUGGCAGAAGCCGGCCCCCAAUGCCUUCUUGAUAACCGCUCUUUCUUGUUCCCAGCUCACACUUGCCCCACACCACUGUCUGUCCCUGCCCGUCUGUAGCCUAGUCCCUGUGUCCCUGUGUCUGCCCCAAUUCUUUUGCUAAUCCCUGUUUCGAGCCCAGACGUCCCCCCUCCUCUGCCACCCCGGCCCCACGGAAUCAUGAUAUACACGUUCCCGUGGGGUGCCGCGGCGGCUGGGCCGAGCCCGCAUGCAUACUCCUUGCCAGGGAGCCCCUUCUACCCCCUGCCUUCUAGCGAUUAACCCCUCAAUAGGCUGCUUUUGAUUUGUGUACUUGUGUACAUAACAGGAUGUAGUGUGAUAGUAAUGGACCUG